GUUUGACUUCUAAAAAUCAUGAAUACCACAGAGAAAAAUUAUGCGUUUGAUUUAACGUUGUUCAAAACAAUUGGUUAUUACCAAAUGAUUGAUCCAAAUUGUAAAAAAAUAUUUGGUUUUAAUAUAUAUAACGUGAUCAACAUGAUGAUAGUUGUAUUUACAAGCAUAAUAACUGUUAUUGGAUUAUCGGGGUUUUUUUAUAAACCCAAUGACAUAACAUACGAGAAAAUCAGUUUUAAAGAUAUACAAAUACUAUUUUAUCUUGCAUGUAUUGUGGUUGGAAAUUUAAAAAUAUGUAUAACAAUUUAUAAUGCUAAAACAAUUUGGAAGUUAUUUAAAGUAGCGCACGACUCAUUUUUGUCCAAUAACUAUUGGAAACAAAACAAACAUAAGAUUAACAAAUGUGGAAAAAAAUUUGCUAAAAUUUUCCCUUGGUAUUUGUUUAUAUUUUUGAUGACAGCAUUUGCAUGGUCAAUAGUACCAAUUGUUGUAAAUAAUCAUGUCGCAAGCAAAGAAACACAAAAUGAUGAAAAUAUUUACAUGACCAAUGUUGUAAAUAUGAGGUACCCUAUUACUGCGAAAACAUAUAACAAAUUUUAUAAGGGUUUUUACGUAUUGGAAUUCAUAGUGGUGUGGUAUUCUGCAUAUGGAUUAGUAGUAUUUGAUCUAUUAACCUUGGGAUUACUUCAAUUAUUGGCUACUCAUUACGAAAUAAUAGCAUCUGCGUAUGAAAACUUCAAAAUGACAAAAAAUGAAAAUGGUAAAUUAAACAAAAAGGAAAUUCAGAAAGAAUUUGUAUCAAUCAUCUUAGAUUGUCAAACUGUUAAUAACCAAUUAAAAACAAUAUAUGGGAUUGCACGGCCAAUUAUUUUAAUUUAUAUGGUAGGAGAUUCAAUAGGAAUGAUAACUAUGCCUUUUUUAAUUGUGAUGUUUUAUACUCAAGAUAAAUCAAUUUUCAAUUCUAAUGUUAUUGCUUUUUCGUGGACACUGUUAGUUGUUGGAAUUCAAUUAUACAUGUACUGUAGUUUACUUCAAAACGUAAACGAACGAAGAGAAAAUAUAAAUUUUGGACUGUAUAGUUGUGACUGGACAAGGCUGGAUAUUGAAAUAAAAAAACUAAUUUUGUUGGCAAUGCGUAUGAAUAAUUCAAAUAAUUUAAAAAUUAAUGUAACAUUCACAAAAUUUAUUGAUCUACCUAUAUUAUAA